AUGAAGCUCCUUUUAUUUUCCUCUUUUUGUCUUUUGCACUACCUUGGUGAGUGAAAAUUAAUCAUUAUUCUGAUUAAAACUUUGGUCUUGAUAAACAGUGUAUGAAAAGAAUGAACGUGGACCAAAAUUCUUAAAAAUGUUUUCUCUUCUUGAAAAAGCAAUGUUCAGUAGACGCUCGGUCAUGCACGCAUUCUCUGCAGUGCGGCAGGGGAUUUCACUGUAACGACGGGAUCUGUCGCCGAGAUUCCUGCACCAGCGACAGUCACUGUCACGAGGUCGGAUAGAUCGUUUGACGGGGCUAAAUGAAAAAGUUUGAGACUGAGAAAUGCAAAUCGGGUAAAGUCAAUGGAAGACAGAAGCUCGCCUGCUUCCUGGACAGUGCUCCGAGAGCAAAAAGUGGAGGAGCCGUUACAGGUUUUUUUUUUUCGUUAUUUUCGAACUUUUUCAUUUGGAAGUUCUUUUUCAAAAACAGAGCUUUAAAAGCAUUUUUUUAAUCACUCACUGUGUAGUCUUUGCAAAAGUUUCAAAAGAGCAAAGACCUUUCAAAGGUCAAAACAACAUUGAAUUACUUCAGUAAUCUCAAUUAAUUAAAAUAUCCCCCUUUAAACAAAAAAACACGGUUUUCAAAACACCUUUUUCAAAAUAUUGUAGACUGGAUGAUCCUUUCUUGAAUUGACGAUCUCGACAACUUUUGAAAACUUGUUUAGCUUACCCAGCUACAUUGUCCCUCCCCGUAUUUCCAUUAAAUGUUCAGUUUUGCUUUAUUCACCACUUUUGAAUGAAAAAGAAAAUUGAAAAUGAAAAAAGGAGAAUAAAACUUGAAGAACACUACUGUCCUGGCGGAGGAGCUGUGGUCUUGACGACGACGGGGAAUUUGGCCAGCUGCGACCUGACUCAGGAAUGUUCUUCCACUCACGUUUGCAAUCCAGAGUUUGGCAUCUGCUGUACAAGUCUGAAAAUUCCGAAAAACCAAGAUCAAUUCAACUUGAUUCAGAAGUACGGUCCUGCCCUGGCGGCGCGAAAACGAUGUUGAACUUCAUUACUUCCAAGCCGAUUAUGUGUCAGGUGAGAAAUGUUCGUGUGGGUUCUCAACUCACACUGAGGCUUCUGAAUGAGAAUAGGACUACUAUAAGCGGUUUCCCUGCUGCUUUCUAGCUUUGGAGCGGAAUUAGUGAUGGUUUUGAAAAAAAGUAAAGUUUGAAAGUUUGAUUUUAUAAAGCUCAUUUACAAAACUCACAUUUCUAAUCUAUUGAACUACUUUUUGAGUCACAAUAUAACUUUUUAAAGAUGAAAAAAGGUGUCUUUUUAACUUUUCUCUAAACUUUUCUCUGGUUGUGAUUUUUGAACUAAAUGCAAGAAGAAUUAUAUAAAACCUAAAAAAAAAUUUCAAGUGAUCUUCGUCUGCUACUCCUAUGGCUAGCGAAGACUAGAAAAGGGCAUUUUUUUCAAUAAGAAGUGAAAAUUAAAUAUUUUUCAGUUCAAAAAAGGUCGAGUGAUGCCGUGUCCAAAGGGUGGUUACUGUGAGACGGAAACUGGCUUCUGCUGCUCUAGAGGAGAUGAUUUGGAAGUUCCAGCCCCAGGUAUCGCACAUAAUCAAACUGACUCGAAAUGGACCAAGAAACAGUCGGAGCCCCUGAACCGGUAGCGACCCGAGAAAGACCUUGGCGAGGACAAGUCUGCUCUCCGAGGGACGGCUGUUCCGGGGGAGCCGCCUGCAUUUGCGGCAGUCGUGGGACGUGCAUCUGCGAAUGCGCCACCGAGUUCGGCUACACUGCCGCCGCCGACGGCAAGACUUGCCAGAGAGUGCGACGACGUCUGAAGGAGAAGUGCAAGACGGACAUGGAGUGUUCUUCUGCCUUUUCUGAGUGCUCCUCCGGAGGCUGUCGCUGCAAAAGAGGCUUCCAGAGAGACGGCGAUGGCGGUUGCAAGCCUGUAGGUGGGACCUCGUCAAUUAUCAUCCCAUUUAACACCUUCAUCCAGUCAUCGUAGAAGAUUCUCUGUGUUUUUGCAAUUUACAACGAUUUGGUUGACUAUAAGUUGAGAACCGGCUUUACUGAAAGAACGCUCUUCAAGUAGAAAUUAUAUUAAUUCUGAUAUUUUUACUAAAUUUUUUGUAUUUUUUAAUCAAAACGAGCUUUCUACGGUUCAAACUGAAUUCUCAGUGUCUUUAAAAUCAUCCUUCAAAAUGACAUUAACAGUUGAUGAAAAAAACCAAAAACAAAAAACUUUGCUGCCACAAGGUUUUUUCACUAGCUAUAUAUUAAAAACAACUUUGGUAUGCAUCUGCGCAUAUUGCGCCAUCAUACUUUCAAAGCUCCUGCUUCUUCAGAGUACCGCUGUGUCAACCGAGGAACGCCUUUGAAAAAAAAUGAAAAACUCGUGACGUGUUCUCUUCGCGCUUCUGUCGCUUUAGGGACUUUCAGAAGCUUGAAAAGUCUCUCCAAUGAGACUUCUUUGACUGAGGAUCUUAUUGGUAAAUGUUCAACUCACAUUUCAUAUAGCCAUAUUUCGAAAAUAGGCAACUCUACAUUUGCUGACUUUGGCAACGGACGGGACGAUUGUCCCGAUGAACAUUACUGCGUUCCCGUUUUCGACGACGCCACCAAGCCUGGAUACUAUCAAGUUGGGUACAUGUGAAUUGACCGAGAAAACGAGGAAAUUCCAGGGAUUCUGCUGUCCUUCGCCCAGCGAAACCAAGCCAGUUUGUCCGGUAGGAGAAGCUCACGAUUCGAGUUUCCCGCCUGAUUUCGGCUGUCGAAACUGUCCCAGCGACUACUUUUGUCACAGAGAUUCCGUCGCCACUGAUAAAUCUGUAAGAUUAUAGAAGUGGAAUCUCCCGUUCAUUUUGAAUCAAGAUUUGUUGCCCCAAGCCUUGUGUCUCCCUGGAAGACAUCUACGACGACGGCCAAUGCUAUCCCAUGGCUUUUUAUGGAGACAGUUGUACGGUAAGACGGGAUAAGAUCGAGCCUCUCGACGAUAACAAACAUUUGAAGUUAUCUGCUCAAUGCGUCUACUCGAAAAGUCCAGCGAAGGCUGAGGAGUACGCGGAAUUGGCCAGAAUGGAGUGCAGAUCGGCCAUUUGCUCCUGUCCGGCUGGCUUCAGCUACGCCGACGGUCAAUGCAAAAGUCCGUUUUUCUUCAUUUCUUACAGAAAUCUCUUACUUCAAACUAUUUCAGAGGCCAAAAGCGCUUAAACACAAAAUAUGGAUUUUCAGAUCUGCUCUACUGAUCCCACGGAUUAGUGGGACACAAAUUAGAGAACCAAAAUUUCUUGGAAGAAGUCUCUGAAAUAUUUUCUUUUUUCUUGGAAAUAAGGUCUUGUGAACACGUAAGAAUCUGAAUCUACAUAUAUUUGAGACUGAAAGUCAAUUUUUUCUUCCCAGGAAUCAUGUGCUCAGUCGGUCUUCGAGGCGAGCCUUCCGUCGACCAAUCGGGCCUUUUGAUUCGCUGCGGCCGUUCUUCCGACUGCAGCUUGGGCCACAUGUGCGAUCCCAACAAUCAUGUCUGCUGCAAGGGAACUAACCGUUAGUUCUGAUCCCUGUUUCAGUCCAUACUCUCAACGGUUCAGGCUGUCCCAAAGACUACGUUGAGACCGGCGAACUGUGUACCGACGACAACUGCCGCGGCGUCAGCCAAAUCUGCCACCUCACCAAAAACGGAAAGGCCAAGAUUUGCUGCACGCUCGACGACACUUACACUUGA